UCUCUUUCUCAUCAUUUCAAACUCACACAAACAAAAAAGAGCAAAAGCUUCUCUACUACUACUACUUCUAGUCAACCAUACAAUAGCCAAAAAAACACAAAAAAAGAAAGAAAAAAAAAAUGGAGAAUAUUUUUCGCCUUGUUGACAACCAAGACUUCUUCAAUCGGCGGUGCGUGCUGAUCAACGGCCCGAUAAUCGUCGGCGCGGGGCCAUCGGGGCUCGCCACGGCGGCGUGCCUUAAGGAGCAAGGCGUGCCGUUUGUGGUCCUAGAGAAAGCGGAUUGCAUUGCCUCGUUGUGGCAAAAAAGGACCUACGACAGGCUGAAACUCCACCUCCCAAAACAAUUCUGCCAACUUCCCAAAAUGCCCUUCCCCGAGGACUUCCCCGAGUACCCAACCAAGAAACAGUUCAUCCAAUACCUCGAGUCCUACGCCGCCCGCUUCGACAUCAAGCCCCAGUUCAACGAGUGCGUCCAAUCCGCUAGGUUCGACGAGACCAGCGGGUUCUGGCGGGUAAAAACUGUGUCCUAUGGUAAACCCGACGCCGAGUACAUCUGCAGGUGGCUUAUUGUAGCCACCGGCGAGAAUGCAGAGUGCGUUAUUCCGGAUAUCGAGGGCCUCGGGGACUUCGCUGGCGACGUAGUCCACGCCUCCGAGUACAAGUCCGGCGAGAAAUUCAGGGGAAAGAAAGUCCUCGUCGUCGGAUGCGGGAAUUCCGGCAUGGAACUCUCUCUUGACCUCUGCAACCACAAUGCCUCGCCUUCCAUGGUCGUUCGGAGCUCGGUUCAUGUUUUGCCUCGUGAAGUAUUCGGAAAAUCGACAUUCGAAUUGGCGGUUUUGAUGAUGGCGUGGUUGCCGCUAUGGCUGGUGGACAAGAUCAUGUUGUUUCUGUCAUGGUUGGUGCUCGGAAGCAUCGAGAGGUACGGGCUAAAAAGGCCCGCCAUGGGACCUCUGGAGGUCAAGAACAAGAUGGGAAAAACCCCUGUUUUGGACAUUGGAGCAUUGGAGAAGAUCAAAUCCGGAGACAUUAACGUUGUCCCCGGAAUCAAGAGGUUCUCCAAGAACCAAGUCGAGCUCGUCAAUGGCGAAAAACUCGACAUCGACUCGGUCAUUCUCGCCACUGGUUACCGCAGCAAUGUCCCAUAUUGGCUUCAGGAAGGUGUAUUCUUUUCGAAGAAUGGGUAUCCGAAAGCGCCGUUCCCACAAGGUUGGAAAGGAAAUGCUGGUCUUUAUGCGGUUGGGUUCACAAGGAGAGGGCUAUCUGGUGCGUCCGCUGACGCCGUGAGAAUAGCACAAGACAUUGGCAAGGUCUGGAAACAGGAAACCAGGCAGCAAAAGAAGAGAACCACGGCUUGCCAUAGAAGAUGCAUUUCUCAGUUCUAAACGAACGCCCAAAAAAAAAAUAACUUUUUUAACCAACCACUUGUUAGUUUGUUUUAGUUUAAAAGGA